AUGAAAGAAACUUAUGAAAAUCAAAUUUCUUUUCCAAAUAUUAAUUCUUCUGGUAUGGAAAUUAUAUUAGAAUAUAUUUAUACAGGAUCAAUUAAUGAAGAAUCUUUAACAAAAGAUAAUACAAUUGAAGCUUUUUAUGCUGCAGAUUAUUUUCAAUUACCAGACCUUCAGGAUUUUAUUAUGAUUGUUUUUAAAA